AUGCCCCCUCCUGAUGCGGCGCCGCCCAGUGCGCAUGCGAUGCAAGAUCCCUCAUGGCGCGCAUUUCCUCCCCAGUUCGACAGCCAUCCAGACUCCCGCCGUCCGUCCAAUGCUUCCCAGGGUCCGCUCCCACCCCAAGGGUAUCCCGUCAUGCCCAACCGUGAACUGCCGCAGUUACCCCCAGAAGGUCCAUAUAGUCGUCCCAGCAGCAUACCCGCCCCGGGCUACCCACCACAGGACCCGAACACGAACUACCGACCAUCGAUGAGCGCAACGCCAAGUGAAACAUCGCCUCAUUCUGCUCCGCCAGACUAUCGGGCCAGGGUGGGAGGAUAUGCGCCAGAUCAAGCGGGCAACAGCGACCCGGCCGCGGCCCCAGGUGCCAUUCCUUCGAACCCGCAAUAUGGGCCCGUAGUGGCCUCGAUGCCGGGUUCCGUGCCGGGAUCGUACGAUCCUAGUUACUACGGCGCCACUCCUUUCGGAGCGCGGCAGCGCAAGGCCGCUCGAGCUACUCAGCUCGAGGAUCGCAUGGAGGAGCGCAUGACUCAGAUACAUACAAUCACAGGAGACCAUUCAAACCUACUUACCCAACUCCUCAUGGGCCAUUCGCCUUUCCCAGGACUUGUCAAAGACCGGGCUGUUCGCUCUACUCCGGUUACGGACCCAGUUAUGAAGCCGGUUGCCGCCCCAGCAGAAAUGGUUGACAACGCGUUCCUCCAUACAAAUCCGAUGACGGGUCAGGUGGAAGAGGUAAAGAUUGAUGGCGAUGGAGAACUUUCGAUUCCAGUCGAACACACCACUGCGGCCCACAAGCUUCUGAUGUGGCCAGGGAUUAAGAAGCUCAUCUGGCCCAAUCAAUAUGACGAGGACUACGUCAUGAGGUUGGAGGAAGAACGGGGCUUGAUCAACAUCUGGGGCCAGGGGGAGACCCUGGACACCGCAGACGACAGUGUACCAUUGAGAAACCUUGCCCUGGGCCAUACACUCUCCGACCCCGAUAUUCAAACUAGUUCAGGGCCACCAGACGAAGCCGAGGAUGCUGAGAUCACCGAGAAUGGCUACUUGAAUAUUGACUCAGAAACCGUGCGUCGGUACUAUUGGAGCUAUAUGUCCCGCAUGCAUAUCUUACAUCCCUUCCUUGAGAUCGGACCACUCGCGCAUACUCUCGAAGCCUUUGUUAGAUGCCACUGCACCGAUUACCAACGAGACGGCCCGCGAGGAGCGAAGCGGAAACGGUCGAAUGAGAACAUGCAUGGCGCGAGAGGCGAUACUUCUACCAACACUACUUCUGGGCGGCCCCGUGUUGGCAAGAACACUGAAAAUGCUAUCCUCCUCUUGGUUCUUGCUAUCGGUGCCAUUGCUGAGACCGAUGGCCCGCUUCGUGGGCCAAUCUUGAAAGAAAAGCCUGAUUAUCGCAAGGAACAUAUCCCUGGUCCGCCAACACCAUCAUCUGGCGGUACACAUACGACCACUAACGGCAUCCUUUCGCCCACAAAUUCCGUCUCGACCCCCGUGGCAUCGGCACCAAUGUACACUCAAGGACCGCAGAAUACCAGCCACUCCUUUCCCUCUGCCAUCAAUGACGGGCGACAGAGCAGCUUAAGACGGUCUAUGUCGAUCACCCGCGACUCCUCCGGAAACACGCGGAACUACCAAGUCAUUCCCGGCCUGGCACUUUAUGGAUAUGCCGCUGUAAUCUUGGGUGCCGUCCAAGGCAGCUCUUCGCUGCCUCAUGUCCAUGCUUGUAUACUCGCUGGCCUAUACAUGGGCCAAUUAGCACACCCCUUCCAAAGCUUUGGAUGGAUCUACGUGGCUUCAAGGGCUUGUCAGGUGCUUGUCAGACCAAAACGGUACGAUAAGAUGGAGGAAGGCCCACUAAAAGAUCUGUACGAGUUCGCAUACUGGACUUGUUUGCAGCUAGAGAGCGACCUUUUGGCUGAACUUGAUGUUCCGGCAAGCGGCAUCUCGCGGUCUGAAUCGCGGAUUCCAAUUCCGAAAGGGAAAUGGACGCUUGACAUACCCAACGACUACCAUAGCCCCGCUUCCCAGAUGAUGAUGUUCUAUUCCGCUCAAAUCCAUUUACGGAAAGUCCUGAACCGAGUUCAUACUGAUCUCUACAAAGUAGAGAAGCCAGGCCAAAACCGAUGGUCGUCUAGUGUGCAAGGAGCUCUCAGCAUGAACCUUGAUCAAUGGCGCCGGAGUCUCCCGAAACCUUUAAGUUGGAACGAUGGCGAUCCGCCAGCCACGGAUAUUAACAAUGCUCGCAUGCGAGCCAAGUACUACGGUGCCCGGUAUAUCAUCUUCCGGCCUCUGUUAUACCGUGCUCUUCACUAUGGCGCCAGCAAUGUGCGAUUGGGCUCGGGCCCUACCUCGAUCGACUCGCCAACUAUACCGCAAGCGCAACAAAUGUCGCCGUCGGUAACCUACAACCAGCGCGCCCCAGAAAUGGCGCGGAUGGCUAGUGACGCGGGUGCACGAUUUGCCAGCACUUGGAUGCCGCCCCAGUUCAACCAGCGUGAUCUUCCCUAUAAACUGCGAAAUGCCUGCAAGGCCUGCAUCCAGUCAGCGAUCUACAGCACAGAAGCGUUUGACGGCCUUCCAACUCGUCCGGUGGUGACUAACAUCUUCGGGACUGCUCAUGCACAAUUUGGCAAUAUGCUGGUUCUGUCCGCUACGUACAUGUCCUGCCUCCAGGAGCUGGUCCCUAAGGAGAAGUUCGAGCAGCUCCUCAAGCGGACGAUCCGGUUUUUGCUGGCAAAUGAAAACAUCUCACCCAGUCUAAGAGCCGAUGCGCGCAUUCUCACGGAAAUCUACCACAAGAUUUUCGGCCAGCCGCCCCAGCUGGGCCCUGUUGGGUAUGGGGCUUGA